ACAAGAACAAAGACUGCAAGAGAAUAGACCCCAUUAUCAAUGGCAUACCCUGUACAAUGGAUUGGGAUACAGGUUCGAAGUUCUCUAUUAUAAAUACAAAAUUUUGGAAACAAAUUGGAUCACCACAAUUAAAACGUUCACCACCUCUGAAAGCAUAUGGAAAUAAUGAUUUUAAACUUAAACCAAGAGGACUAACAGAAGUAUCAGUGGAAAUACAGGGAAAACAAAAAAUUCUUCCUGUCAUUGUCAUGAAGACUUCAGACCCUAUGCUGUUUGGAUUAGACUGGAGUGAAAUGUUUGGAAUGGAAUUUCCGGAAGCUGUAUAUUCUAUUAAAGCAAUUAAUGAACAACAGACACUACAAAACAUCCUAACAAAUUACGCAACACUUUUCAACAACAAACUUGGUAAAGUAAAAAACUAUCAGGUCAACAUUCACAUUAAACCGGGAACAGAAGCAAAACAUUUUCCACCACGUCCUGUAAAAUUCAGUAUCAAAAAGAACAUUGAACUGGAACUAGAUCGAUUAGUGCAAGAAGGGAUUAUCACAAAAGUGGAUCCUAACAUAACACCCGUAGAAUGGUCAACUCCAACAGUUAAUGUCGUAAAACCUAAUGGUCAAAUUCGUAUUUGCGGUGAUUAUCGCGUCACAAUCAACCCUGCAUUAAUAACACACCUACAUCCAGUACCACUUUUUGACCAAUUAAGACAACAGCUUGCAAAUGGUGAAAAAUUUUCCAAAAUUGACUUAAAGGAUGCAUAUCUUCAAUUUGAAAUUGCCCCUGAAUCAAAAAAGUAUCUUACAAUAACAACACAUAAAGGAUAUUUCCAAUACAAUCGAAUGCCCUUCGGUAUUGCAACAGCACCAUCAAUUUUUCAACAUUAUUUAGAAAAACUACUAGACAACAUCCCGAAUACGGCCGUCUACUUCGAUGAUAUUGCAGUAACAGGAAAAAAUGACAGCGAACACCUAAGUACUCUGACGUCAGUACUCAAGAGAUUGCUAGAAGCUGGCCUCAAAGUUAACUUAAAAAAAUGUAGUUUUCUCCAACCCGAAAUUGAAUAUCUUGGACACAUAAUUGACGCACGUGGUGUACGCCCAACUAAAACAAAAAUUGAUGCAAUCGCUAAAGCUCCAGCGCCAAACAAUACUAAAGAACUACGAUCUUUUUUAGGAAUGGUCAACUUUUACGAGCGAUUCAUUCCGCACUUACAUACACUUUGUUCAGACUUGCACGACUUAACAUCUUCACGAAAAAAAUGGAAAUGGACGAAAGAAUUACAAACCGCAUUUGAAAAGGUAAAAACCUGCAUAACAAAAACAAGACCUCUGAUAGCUUAUGAUGAUAAACGAAUGCUUUAUCUAGCAUGUGAUGCUUCCGAAAAAGGACUUGGGGCUGUUCUUUUCCACAAAGAACACAAUAUUGAACAACCGGUCGCAUAUGCUUCUAGGAAAUUAAAACCUGCAGAAAGUAAAUACUCUGUAAUAGACCGAGAAGCAUUAGCUAUCUACUUUGGUAUCAAAAAAUUUGAUCAGUUCUUAAGAGGAGUCCGUUUUACAUUAAUUACUGAUCACAAACCUUUAAUCUACCUUUUAGGCCCACAAAGAAAUCUGCCUAAACUUGUUAAUAACAGAUUGGUGAGAUGGGCGUUAGCAAUUGGGUGUUAUAAUUAUCACAUUGAGUAUCGAAAGGGAGAACACAAUAUUCUUGCAGACUUUUUGUCAAGAAUGCCAAACCCUGACCAAAUACCGUCUGAAGGUGAACUGACUGUACAUAAAAUAGGCACGCGAUUGCAAGCGAUAAAAAUGAUUGAUUUAACACUUUCAGAGAAACUGAUUAAAGAAGAAACAGGAAAAGAUCCCGUCCUAAGGGAAGUAUCCAAUCAUAUUAAACUUGGCUGGAAGAAUCAAUGUAAUAGUCACCUAAAACCUUACUAUCGAAAACGUGAAGAACUUGCCAUCGAGAAUAAAAUUAUAAUGUGGGGCGGAAGAAUUGUAAUUCCACAAGGGAUACAAAAAGCUGUAUUACACUACCUCCACCGCGGCCAUCCAGGCACAUCUGCUAUGCGAGCUCUGGCUAGAUUUUAUGUCUGGUGGCCCUCCAUAGACGAAGAUAUAGAUAGAUAUAUUAAACUUUGCCAUAAAUGUCAAGAAAACAGGCCGAAUGAUCCAGAACUCCCUAUUUACUCUUGGUCUAUCCCAGAAAAAAAUUGGGAAAGAAUUCAUAUUGAUUUCGCAGGUCCUUUCGAAGGAAAGUAUUGGGUAGUAGUUGUUGAUGCUUUAUCAAAAUGGAUUGAAGUACGACCAAUGACUAAAACUACUACAGUAAAACUAUGUGCUAAACUGGAUGGAAUAUUUACUACUUUCGGUCUACCCAAGAUUAUUGUAUCUGAUAAUGGUCCACAAUUUACGUCGCAUGAGUUUGAAAAUUAUUGCAAGCAGUAUGGAAUCUUACAUAUUCGGGUAUCACCGUACCAUCCUCGCUCCAACGGAUUAGCAGAACGCCUUGUUCGCACUUUCAAGACCCGGUUAUCAGCCAGUAACGAAGACGGAGCUAACUUGAAACAACGCUUAAGAAAUUUCCUGUUCAGUUAUCGUAAUACACCACAUUCUACAACAGGUAAAUCUCCAGCACAAAUAAUGUUUGGCCAUCAACUAAAUUGUGUAUUUGACAAUCUACGCCCAGAUUUAAGAAAAACACUAAAUUUCAAACAACUUCAAACUAACUUACAUGGAGAUCAGCCUUUAAAAGAAUUUAAGAGUGGUGACCCAGUUUAUAUACGCACGCGAAAUGAAUCAACUUGGCAUCCUGCUACUGUAACAUUACGUACUCACCGUUAUUCGUACCUAGUUCAAACACCUGAUGGUGUGGAAAAACGAAGACAUGCAGAUCAUAUACGUUCUCGAGCAAUUGAUGAAGCUGAAAGUACCAAAAUAGGAGGAAUGGUUAAAGAACCAUCUCAAGACUCACAAGCGAGUAUGACUCCAUUACAGGCCCCAACAUCAGAAAUUCAGGAACCUUCUCCAGAGCAAACUCAAGCAAAUGCUCCAAUUACACCGUUACAAACAUCACCCUGUGAGCUACCACAAGAAUGGCAACAAUUGACAUCAAUACCACUUACUAAAGAGGCAUAUUCUACGGCCGAGGAAACAGCCGUACCAUUGCGUCGUAGUGUACGUACCAGACGCCCUCCGAGACGACUACUUUAUGAUUAAGAAACAUUGUAGAGACAGACAAACAUUGUAUAUAAAUCAUAUUCAUUGGGGAGUAAUGUUACAACCUCAUCGUAUACUCUUUUUAAAAAACAUAUUAACCUCUGACAUUUUUUACUGUCUUAGAUUUAAAUAUAUACUCUGUCAUGUGAAAUUGCAUUUUAUUAAAAGUAGGGUAUAUUGUGGCAUAGAUAUCAGUUUUUAGCACAAUAUGCAUUUUUUUUAGUCAAGAUCGCAAUCGAUCAUUUAAGUAUUUAGGUUAUUUUGUUUAGAUAAGUAAUUAUUUACACAUUUUCCAAUUUUUGAAUUUUGGGUUCUUAGUUAUUGGAAAUGGGGACUUAAAUAUA